CUGUUCAGCUUGUGUAUUUUGGUGUCGGUCUGACUCACUUGUCAAAACGGUCUUACUCUGACAACGGUUACUUCUCCUUCCUGAGCUCAGAUACGCAGAAGAUCAUCCACAGGAUGGACGACUGCGAGACUUACAUGAUUAUGAAACGCACAAAUACUGGCUCAGGGGCACUUUCCCGAGAAGAUCUGACCUCCGCCUACACCGAUCUGAACAUUCGUAAAGUCGAACGCCUCACCAAUACUCAAGCAGACUUUCUGAACUCCACCUACUCAGUGAUCAAACUUCCCAAUGACGAACAUCUCACGGAUGAGUAUGAAGAUAUUCCCAUUGCUUCGGGAUCCGCGGAAAUGUCAGUGGUUGCACAGACAGGUCCGCAUAAACAGGAGCCGAACGAGAACAUCGGAAAUAGACCGUACCGUAAGAUAUGCCUACACUGCCUAGUUACAUCCGUCCUCUUCGUGACCGUGGUCGCACUCUCGAUCCAUGUAGCAGCCAUCUCCGAACGAAACUACCAGCUCCUUCGGGAAGAGUAUCACGGGAUGAACAGGACACAAAGCCAAUGUCGACUGCAAGUCCUUGAGUUAAACUCAUCCCUUGAAUCCACAAAAUUCGAGAAUUCCCACCUGAAUCUCUCCCGGAGAUCCUGUCUCAAGAAUUUCUAUGCGCACAAAUUCAAUCUGUCCGAUCUUAAACAAGCGCACAACGAUCUCGGUCACCAGUUCUGUGAAUUGUUAACCAGCAUAAGAGAGCAAGCGUGUUCAAAGGACUGGAUCAGAAAUGAAGACCGGUGUUAUUUCAUAUCCACGUUCAAAAGAUCUUAUGACGAGGCAACGCAAUAUUGUUCUAACUCUGAUUCAAAGCUUCUUGAAAUAAAUUCAAGAGAGAAAGAGAAUUUUGCUAGCAGCGCUGUCCGCAAUGAAGACAGUCCAUACUGGAUUGGAGUAUGCAUAUCGAGGAAACUGGCCUCUGACGUCGCGUCCAAGAUGAACGCUGGAAAGUCCGAAUGCAGUGAAUGUAAACCCGGUUGGUUCAGCAGUUGUAAAAACGAAAUGCACCGUUUCAUCUGUGAGAAGCCUACAUCUUUGUUCCUAACUAUUCCUGAAAAAAUCCGGGUUUUCUGUCAAAAGCCCGUGGAGCCGACUUCAAUCUAACGACAUUAACUCAAUUGCAGCCCUCUCCCCGAUUCUGACAAACCCAUCCGCUCUGCCCCUCGCCCCUACCCUGUUCUGCUCUGUCUUCCUAUGGCACCCAUACUAGGAAUCUCGCAUUAGCUUUACCCUAGUCCCUCUCUUCGCUCUCUCAUCCCUCCUCCCCCUCAGGUUACCCAUUUCAUCCUCAUUUCCUUCUCCUCAUUUCCUUGCCUCCCACUCGCAUCAUCAAACGAUUGUUUCCCAUGUUCAACAGCUCAAUUAUUACACACACACACACACACACACACACACACACACACACACACACACACACACGCACGCACACACACACCUACCCCCGAAAAUCACUCCACUCCCUUUGCAAUUUUUGCUCAUUUCUUUCUCAAUUCCUGCUAAAGUUUGUUGACAUUUACAAUUACAUUUACAUCAUUUCUUAUUAUUAUUUUGUAAUUUGACUUUAACUGUGCCUAUUAUUGUCUUGUUUAUUCAUUAUUGUACUGUCUCGCACUGUUUUGUGCACUUUAUGUAUUCCCGUGUAGAUCUGAUGUGUAACGUAGUUUUGUGUUGUGUCAGGUAGUCCAGUGGAGUUUUGGGUUGUCUCACGUUCUCUAGUGUAGUCUUGUGUUGUUUCAUGUAGGACCAGGGUCCUGGCGGAACGUUGUUUCGUUUUUACUGUGUACGGUACCAGCAGUUAUGGUUGAAAUAACAGUAAAAGCUUCUUUACUUGACUUGACUUGAUCUGUGACU